AUGUCGGACGAAGAGAUGAUUGUCGAAGCAGAGGGACCGGAGGGCGGGGAGGCCGAGGACAGCGCUGAGCACACGUUCCAGGGCCACGCCGACUCGGUCUAUUCCGUCGCGUGGUGCCCUGGUUCGCGUUUUGUGGCGACGGGCAGUGGCGACGACACUGCAUACCUGUGGGAGGCCGCCGUCGUGCUCUCAGAUGGCCCAGCGCCGCCGGACGCUGACUUCGGGGAGGGCUUCUCAGGGCUGGCGCUGCAGCUGACGGGCCACACGGACACCGUCGCAUGUGUCGCGUUCAGCGCGUCGGGGCAGCUGCUCGCCACAGCAGGCAUGGACGGGGUCGUGCUGACGUGGCAGGUGCCGUCGGGAGAGCAGGUAGCGCGCAUGGAGGGGCCGGGCGACGCGAUUGAGUGCCUGGCAUGGCAUCCCAAGGGUGACGUGGUGCUUGCGGGAAGCAGUGAUUUCACCACGUGGAUGUGGGACGGGCGCGCCGGGAGCAUGAUGCAGGUGUUCACGGGGCACAGCGGCGAGGUGCGCUGCGCGUCUUUCUCCGCGGACGGAAAGCUUGUGCUGACGGGGUCCGCGGACGGGUCGCUGCGCGUGUGGAGUCCGAAGACUGGGGCCUGCGUCAGGGAGGUGUCGGGCCACCAGUUUCACGCAGGGCCUCUGACAACGCUAGUCAACCACGUUGACCGGCUCGUCGUCACAGGGGGCGAGGACGGCCGCGUGAACGCGGUCAACAUCGACACGGGCCGCGUCGUGACGUCGGCCGUUGGCCACCAGGACUCCGUCGAGUCGAUCUCGCUACACCGCACUCAGCCAUACGCAGCCACAGCGUCGAGUGACGGGAAGGUCGUCGUGUGGGACUCGCGGUCGUUUCAGAAGCGGUUGGAGCUACCGCACCCUCUUGGUGUGGUCAAGGCCCUGUGGUUGCACGUGGACCCGGUCCUGGUGACGGCGUGCCUCGAUGGCGUCGUGCGUGCGUUCGACGGCCGCACGGGCAACCUGCUCGUCGAGCGCAAGGGCCACACGGACCACAUCCUGGACGCGUGUGUGUCGCCUGACGGAUGGUACGUGUUGACGGGCGGGGACGACAGCGAGGCACGCGUAUUCAGCCUGCGAGCGUGA